AUGGACAGCACGCUCCCUCAUCGACAUCGUCUACUAUGGCACUACAUCCCUCUCAUCAUCCCUGUCCUCAUCCUCACCCUCAUCCUCCCUCUCCCCCUCCCCAUCCCCCUCCGCACCUCCCUCCCUCUCCCCUCCCCAGUCCAACCCCCCCGCUGUCCCCAACCCCCCCUGCUAAAACCCCACAACCCCCUCCUCCCCCAGCUCCUCUCCUCCCUCUCCCACCCAACGUUCCCAACCCUCGCCGCCCACCAGCUUUCUCAAAGCGUCCGAAUCCCUACCGAGACGUGGGACGACUUUGGCCCUGUCGGGGAGGAUGACAGGUGGGACAAGUUCGGGGCGUUUCACGAUUGGCUCGAAGGGGCGUUUCCUGCCAUUCAUGAGACGCUCAGGAAAGAAAGGGUUAAUACUUGGGGGUUGGUGUAUACUUGGCAAGGGUACGAGCCGGAACUGAAGCCGUUGAUGUUGGCCGCACAUCAAGACGUCGUCCCCGUCGACCAAGACACUCUGGACCAAUGGACCCACCCCCCCUUCUCAGGACACUACGACGGCACCUGGAUCUGGGGUCGGGGGAGCUGUGACGACAAAGCCGGAUUAGUGGGGAUCAUGAUCGCUCUCGAGCUCCUUGUGCAGCAUGGGUUUCGCCCAAGAAGAACCAUACUCCUCGCAUUCGGGUUCAACGAAGAGUCCUCAAGCUUCGAAGGCGCCGGCCAGAUCUCUAGCUUCCUCUACGACCGCUACGGCCAAAACGGGAUCUGUGCAAUCCUGGACGAAGGCGCCGGUUACCAGUCUCUGCUCGGAACGAUGUAUGCCACUCCUGCCGUAGGGGAAAAGGGAUACCUCGAUGUCCAGCUUUCUGUCCUCGCCCAAGGGGGCCAUUCCUCUACUCCUCCAAAACAUACCGCCAUCGGCAUCCUAGCUUCUAUCAUCACAGUACUGGAAACGAACCCCCCAGAAGCGAAGCUGACCCGCACGAACCCGUUGUACCAAACGCUGCGGUGCGUUGCGGAGUACUCGCCCUCCCUCCCUGCGGGCGCAAAACGGCUUAUAGAGUCAAGCGAGCACUCUGAUAGCGCUUUAUCCCAAUUAGGAAACUGGGUACUGCACGCCUUGCCCUCCAACGCCCUGCUCCCGACGGGAGGAGCGCUCAUGUCCACUACUCAGGCUGUAGAUGUCGUCAGAGGAGGAGUCAAGGCGAACGUUUUGCCGGAAAGGGCUUGGGCGCUGGUGAACCAUAGGAUUGGGGUGGAUGAGAGUUCUGAGCGAGUGAAGGCCAGGCUUAGGGAACUGCUUGCCCCUGAAGCGAGCAGCUGGAACUUGUCGUUCGAGGCGUUUCCCGAAGCGUCAUCCGCCUCCUCCGCCUCUGCCUCUGCCUCUGCCUCUGGCCAGGAGGAAUCGGGAGCUGUGCGCCAGAGGCAAGGGGAAGCCAGUGUUGCUGUUGCUGGGAAAGGAAAGUUGGUCUUGAGCACUAUGUUUGACCCGCUUGAGCCUGCGCCGUUUACUCCCACAGAGGGGGGCGUGUGGGACGUUUUGGGAGGUACGAUCCGGGCUGUCUUUAGCCAUAAUCAGGGGUUGCCCCUGGGGUCAGUGUCUUCCGCUCAGGAGGGCAUAGCAGGAGUCCAACACCAACACCCAGUCCAAGCCGAAGCCGGAGCUCCCGUCCCUCCCGCCCCCGCCCCCGAUGAAGAGAUCCACAUCGCCCCCGCCCUAAUGACCGGCAACACCGACACCGCACACUACUGGCCCCUGACGCCGCACAUCUUCCGCUACGCCCAUUUCCGCCCUGAGGGGAUCAGGAAUGGGUAUCAUACGGUGGAUGAGGCGAUGAGCGUGCAGAAUUUUGUGGCGGGGAUCGAGUUCUGGGUGUUGUUGGUGUUGAAUUUUGAUGAGGCGGGGUUGGAGUGAUUGCUUGCGAAGAGGGGGAGCGGGGCGGGAGAGGGUGGGUGUCGACUGGAGCGGGGAUCUCUGCCAUGGAUAUGGUGGAAAAAUGUAGUGAGAACCGUGAUAAUAUC